UUAUGAAUCGUUGCUUAGACUGUUUUGAAUACUUUCUGCAUGACUAAUUAACGACCCGAAAUGAUUUAAAUUGCGCUGUUAAAACUUCGGGACGUGCGAAACAAACGGCUCUUCUUCAAUAUUUUAUCUAAUCUCGGCAGUCGCAGGGGCUGGGGGGGGGGGGGUAUCGCUUGUUAUCUAAAAGCCACUUAAGUGAGCUAAAAUGUGAUGUCAUGUUCUCUAAAUACACGGAGGUAUUUGUGCUCAGUCUACCGAGACGCAGCCGUGACUGUGCGCUGUGAUAAACCUAAUUACGGCCUUUUAAACGAUAACAAAAACCCACUGGAAACUGGCAGGAGAUGAAAACCUGCAGCCUCGUACGCGCAGUUUUGCUUGGGUAAAGCGUUCUGUAACAUUAUGCCGGGAUAAACCGGAGUGAUUCAUCGCUGGAAAGACACUCCCAGCUGGAGCAGGGAGUUGGAACUCGCUCGCCGGUGACCCCUCGGGAAGAGCGGCAUCAGCCCCGCCGAGCGGGAAAGCUGCUGGGAAUAAGCGCAGGAGAGUGCUCCAUGAGCCGGCCCCGGGAGGGAGCCGAGCCCAGCCUGCAGCCCCGGCACCCGCAUCCCUGGGUCCCGCAUCCCCGAAUCCCGCAUUCCUGGCUCCCGGGGUCCCCCGGCCGCCGAGGGCGCGAUGGAAAUCCCCUGAACGACCGGCUGGAAAAUACGUGCUGCAAAGGGGAGGUGUUUCGGCCGCCGCAUGAGCACGUCCUCACCGGGCCAUGGCCCCGCCACCCGCGCCGGCCUGGCUGCUGCUGCUCGGCCUGCUCAGCGCCCACGGCCGCGACUUCACCCGCAAGGACAUCGUCUACCUCCACCCCUCCACCACGCCGUAUCCUCGGGGAUUUAAGUGUUUCACCUGCGAAAGGGCCGCCGAUAAUUACGAGUGCAACCGCUGGGCUCCGGACGUCUACUGUCCCAGAGGUACAAGGUACUGCUUUAGCCAACAUAUGAUGAAAGCCACUGGGGAGAGUGUGUCUGUCACCAAACGCUGUGUGCCACUGGAGGACUGUCUGUCCACAGGAUGCACGUAUAUAAAGCAUGAAGAGUACAAGGUGUGCACGUCCUGCUGCGAGGGCAGCAUCUGCAACCUGCCCCUGCCCAAGAACUCCACAGAUGCCGUGUUCACCACCCUGUCCCCCCUCAACAAGGCCCAGAGACUGUCCCCUCCUGUCCUGCUGACCACAGUGUGCCUCUGGCUGGGGCUACUGGCCCAGCACUGGGUGACAAUGGCACAGCUCUGGGUGACAAUGCCACACGUGGCCCGGCCGGGCAGCUGAGCCGGGCGGGAACAUCUCAUGGACAUCCAACCUCUCCCUGCAGAGCUGGAGCUUUGGAGUUGGCUCUGAAAGGCUGGUUUUCCUCCUGGUUUCUCGGUCAUCAUGAACUCCCAAGCCUGGGAUCUGGAUGGGAUCAAAACCUCCACGUUCCUACUGGUUUUUUUGAAGAAACUCAUGGAAAAUAUUCCCGGAAUCCAAUGUGCUCUUCACAGCAUCACUUAGGUUGAGAAAGGCCUCUAAGACACCGAGUCCAGCCUAACAUUUGUUGAUGUCUGUCUUAUCUCUGUGAAGAAAUGUUCUUUCCAAGUACUACACCCCUGCUCACGUCAUCACUUACUCACUGGACAUGGCCCUUUGUCACCUCCCCCUGCACUAAUUCCGGUGUCUCCUUAACCUGCUUGAGACCCCACAGUAAAUAACACACAGUCAGUGUCCCCACUCUUCCUGAUCCUCUUGGAGAGGGCAGGAAUUCGCAGCAAGGAAGCAGCAACCUGGAAGGGAUGAGCUCAAGGGAGCAGAGGGAGCUUGGGGCAACCAGUGGUGC